AUGAGAACUUCCUCUAAAACUAUUGAUAAACGCUUCAUCUUAAGAUCAACCAAAGAUUGUAAGUUGCUUUCAGCUCCAGUACUUAAUACCCUGCAUUCCUCUUUGGGUUCGUUCGGUGCUAAAACCUUAUGUUAUGGAUUAUCUCAGCCAAGUUGUAAAUUAAACUUAUUAGAUAUUAGAUUAAAUAAAAUUUCCAAUGAGGGUGCUAAUUUUAUUAUGCAGACCUUGGCCAUUAAGGAUGUUAUUCUUGAAACUUUGAUCAUUAGCAGUUGUGGCAUUACCAAAAAUUUUGGCCUACAGGAAAUGAUAAAAUCAAAUACAAGUAUUCAAAUGUUAGACAUUUCUAAUAAUAGCAUUGGUGAGGAAUCAGGCAUCUUAAUAAUUGAAUCCUUAAAUUUCAACAAAAGCAUUCAAUAUAUGGAUACACGAAUGUGCAAGAUUUCAUCAGAGACAGAAUUAGGCAUACAAGAAAAGAUUAAAAAAAAUAAACAAUCAAAAAUGUCAUACCCCAAAACAAAAAAUUGUAAAAACUUUAAGAAAACAUAUGAUGAAGAAUUUGAAAGUUUGGAAAAGCAUUUUAUGUAGUUAA